CUCAGUUCAACCCAUUUAUCCCUCUCUCUGCAAUAUUCUCAUUUCCAUAGUAACUCGGGAGCAAUCGCGAUUUGCAAUUGUAAUCCAUCGAUCGGCGAUCGGAUUCCGUCUACGAGAAUCGUUCGAGAAAGAGAGGAGGCAGAUUAUCUCUAAUUUUUAGGGGGGAAGAAAAAAAUGGCGAACCUUCCUAAUUCGCUCUCCAUGAAUGCUCCUUUCGGAGGACCUGGCUCAAACCCUGGCGCCGCAGGAGCGCCUGCAGGAAAGGAGCGGAGAUUGGCGUCUGCCGAGCACUUGGUGCUCGAGCUAAGCAACACGGACCUUCGAGAGAACGCUCUCCUCGAGCUCUCCAAGAAGAGAGAAUUAUUCCAAGAUUUGGCUCCAUUACUGUGGAACUCCUUUGGAACAAUUGCUGCACUCUUGCAGGUAAACCAUCUAUAUGUAGUUUCCUUGUAUUACAUAUUUCAAAUCAUAUGGACCUUUUCAGGAUAUGUUUUUGUGUCUAUAAAAUUCCCCAGAAUAUGCUGGCGAUUAUUUUGCUUAGGUUUUGUUGUCAUGGUCUGCGCAAAAGCCUUUAACUAUGAUAGCUGUAAUCCCUUCUAUAUUGUGUAAAAUUUAAAUGUUAUUUUACCUAUAUUUCAAAGUUGAGGGGGGCUACAGCCACUCGUAGCUUCAACCUAGCUCCACAACUUAAGGUUAGUCGAGGAGAUCUUGAUGUCCUACGUAUCUGAAUACUUGCCUUGAGUUAGAAGGCCUUAAUACCACUAUUUACCCUCCUGUCGACAUGUAGUUGAGAUUGCUACUGGGUUGAAUGAUCCACCUUUGUGGAUCACAGUUAGUAGAGUCCCUGUAAACAAAUAAGGUAUCACUGGGGUGCCAACUGUGUUGUAUAAUGUAUAGUUAUUCAGUUGCAAUGUGCUUUAAACAUGAAGUCGUUUCUUUCCGUUUAUCAAGUCCAUGAUGCUAAUUACGGUACAAGUGCAUUGUACAGCAAAUACUCCAAAUUAAUGGUUGUAUGCAAAAUAUGUAGUUUUGGACUUCUGUAGGCCUGUUUUCAUUAGGUACCACCCACUUCAAUAUUGCAAGUGUCAAGGAUUAUAAACGUUUCUUCUUUAGCAAAUACUCAUUUUUACUUUCCUGUUUGCAGGAAAUAGUUUCUAUAUAUCCUGUUUUGUCCCCACCAAACUUAAGCCCAGCUCAAUCAAAUUGGGUCUGCAAUGCCCUUGCUCUGCUACAGGUUAUAUACUUUGUUGCUUUCCUUCGGUUUUGGAUGGUGAUUAUGUAUUUAUGUUCACUUCUACUACCUCGUUUACCACUACUGCACUUUUAUAUGCUUCCACUACAUACACAGUAUUAAAAUAAUCGUGAGUCAAUUAAUGAUAAUUUUUGCUUGGGUGAGCUGAAUAUGUCCAUACGUGAUAUAUGUUCACAGCUCAAUCGUUUAAGAUCAGUUCUGCAGAAUAAUUAUAGUACUUUUGACAAAGAAGUCUGUAACAGAUAAUUUGGUUUCGAAAUAGUCAAUCAAAUCUUCAUGUUUGCGCUUAAAUAUCUUAGACAUUAAUUAUAGUGCUUCUGACACAAGUCUGUAACAGAUAAUUUGGUUUCAAAACAGUUAAUCAAAUCUUCAUGUCUGCGCUUAAAUACCUUAGACAUUAAUUAUACUAGGUCUUUAAGUUUAGACUAGACAACCUGGACAAUUGGAGGUUUAAUUGACAUAUAUUUGAAGAAUCAUCUUCCUUUUUCUUUCUUUCUUUUAAUGUCAAGUCAUUAAAGAGAUUUCCUAUUACAUAUUGGAUAACUUGAGUUAUCGUUGCUUAUUUAAGAGGAUAUUGCUGAUGCUUCAUAAUCUUCUCUUUUACCUUACAGUGUGUUGCCUCUCAUCCGGAUACAAGGAUGUUGUUCCUUAAUGGUAAUAAUCUUGUUUCAUUAGUCACCUGUUCAAUAAUCCUGCAACAUAUAUGUAUACUCUUUAUCCUAUACUGUGGCGAUGUAAACCUCCAAAGAUGGCAUUUUAUAAGAACAUCUCUUUGGAUAACAUCUUGACAUGUGUGUCGUAUUCUUCUGAAACUGUUGAUUUGCAUCUCAUAUACCUCUUUAUCUGUAUCCUUUCCUCAAUACAACAAACAAGUCAAGGCCUUUUGAGUACUUGAGGCUUACUAGUCUAGGGGUCAUUGGUGCUUUGGUGAAGGUAUUUCUUAUUUCUCAUGUUCCAUUGUAUCACUUGUGAUUGCUAAUAUGCUCCUACAGACAAUGUAAAGUUCCUUCAUUCCCGCAACAUCAUACAAAAUUUUCUUUCGAUUUACCAGGUUGAUGACACUGAAGUCAUUAGUUUCCUUCUCUCAACUGAAAUAAUCCCCUUGUGUCUGCGUACCAUUGAGAUGGGGAGUGAAUUGUCAAAGACGGUUGGUGCUCUUAUUCUAUGUCUUCUUUAUAUCUUUAAUAAAGUGAGUGGUCAUCCAGUUCCCAUCCAAAUAACGGUUGCAAGCCCUCUUAUGUUUUAUUUUUUUUCACAAUAGUUGUGACAUUGGAAACUCGGUGAAAAGUUUGUUCCACUUGAUGGUAGGUCGCAACUUUUAUAGUCCAGAAGAUAUUACUGGACGAUGUGGGUCUUGAUUACAUAUGCACUACAGCAGAAAGGUUUUUCGUGGUAGGAAGAGUUCUGGGCAACAUGGUGACAACGCUUUUUGAACAGCCAUCUCCUAGGUUGCUGAAACAUAUCAUCAGAUGCUACCUUCGACUAUCUGACAAUCUCAAGGCAUGUGAUGCACUAAGGAGCUGCCUGCCGGAAAUGUUGAGAGAUGCCACCUUCAACAGUUGUCUUCGCGUAAGAGACCCCCUCGUCAUAUUAUUUAUGUGUGUAUGUUCUCCCUGAAGGAAGGGCAUUGAGUAGCCUCACGAUAUAAUUGAUGUUACAUGACAUAUUUGCAGGAAGAUCCGACCACAAGGCGAUGGCUGCAACAAUUGCUUCACAACGUCGGAGUGAACCGCGUUCCUACUAGACUUCAGGGCGGUGGAGGAUUUGAGCAUAUGUUGGUAAACUAGAAUCAUCAACCUGGAACAUGCAAUGAGGUCGAGUUUACCUUCCUGUUGGUGGUGUUGAUGUUAGGAUAAAAGUAAAAAGGAAUGGAAAAUGCUGGUGGUUGUAGUCGUAAGGCCAUUCUUGUCUAUGCUUCUAUCUCAAAGGAUGAAGCCUGUAACUUGUUCAUUUAAAUUUUAAAAUGUGGUCAGUGGGUUGGUUAAUUCAAAUUGGACUGUAGAUAAGAUCGAAUAUUACUGUCUUCUUGUAUGCGGGUUAUUUUGUGUUUGGUUUUCAAAGAAAAACGGUAUGAAAAAGGGCUACCGCUUGUCCGUCUUAUCGUAAGACUUGAUUCGUGAGUUGUGACUGAACUGGUAACAGAUUAUGGCACAGUGGAUUGAUUCAUUGAACCAAUGCCAUAGUGAUCGAUAAGGCAAUGAAUGUUGUAGGACUCA